UGGAGAUUAAUUUUCAUUGGCAACAUCCAUAAAUAGUUUACCCAAAGGAAAGAAAAAAAGGCAAAAGACACACCAUAUUUUCACAAAAUGUUUAUGCUGGAUACAUAUGAGAACAGCAUAAUAGCAAGUUAGCAAUAUGAGAUGAGAGUGAAAUGGCAGAAACUGCAGUAUCCUUUGCCUUGGGAGAAGUGUUCCAAUUCCUAAAGGAUGAAAUAAUCCUUCUGAGAGGCAUCCAUAAAGAUUUUUCAGACAUCAGAGAUGAACUAGAAAGCAUUCAAGCCUUCCUCAAAGAUGCAGAUAAAAGGGCAGCAGACGAAGAAAACGCAAACGAUGGAAUAAGAACAUGGGUGAAGCAGGUCAGAGAAGCAUCAUUUCGUAUAGAAGAUAUCAUUGAUGAAUACCAAAGGCUCAUUCAUGUGCUCCAAGUCAAACCACUUGGAUGUGGGGCUUUAAUGAGCAAGAUUACAAGCCUGAUUUCUCGUCAUCAAAUAACAACUGAGAUUCAGGACAUUAAACAGUCACUUUCUGUAAUCAAGGAAAGAAGUGAAAGGUACAAGUUUCAAGUUUCACAAGAGACAUCUAGCAGAUUUGAAGAAAGAAGAUGGCAUGAUCCUCGAAUAGGUUCCCUUUUCAUUGAAGAAACUGAAAUUGUAGGAUUUGAAGACUCAAGAAUGGAAAUGGUUGAUUGGCUGGUGAAGGGCACAAAAGAUCCUGCAGUGAUAUCAGUGGUAGGCAUGGGAGGACUUGGAAAAACCACUCUUGCCAAGCACGUUUUUGAUAGUGAAAAGGUAAAAAAUCACUUUGAUUGUCGUGCUUUCAUCACAGUUUCUCAAUCAUACAAUGUGAGAGGGAUAUUCAUAGACAUGAUAAAGCAAUUUUGUAGGGAGACAAAAGACCCUGUUCCAAAAACGUUAGAGGAAAUGAAUGAGACGCCACUAAUUUCUGAAUUGAGGCAAUACUUGGAGCAUAAAAGGUAUUUGAUAUUCUUUGAUGAUAUAUGGCAGGAAAAAUUUUGUCACCAAGUUGAAUUUGCCAUGCCUAAAAACACUAAAAGUAGCAGGAUCAUAAUCACCACUAGAAUGAUGCAUGUUGCUCAGUGUUUCAAGAAAUCCUUUCUAGUUCAUGUUCAUGAGCUAAAACUAUUGCCUCAAUGCGAAGCAUGGGAACUCUUUUGCAAAAAAGCAUUUAGAUUUGAGUUAGAUGGGCAAUGUCCUGCAGAGCUUAAAGGUAUCUCGGAAGAAAUUGUUACAAAAUGCGGGGGGUUACCUUUGGCAAUUGUGGCCAUUGGUGGUCUAUUUUCAACAAAAUCUAAAACUGUGUUUGAAUGGCGAAAGGUGAGUCAAAUUCUGAACCUUGAGUUGCAGCGUAAUGUCAAUCUAGCUAGUUUGACUGAGAUUUUAUCUCUUAGUUAUGAUGACCUGCCUUACUAUUUGAAACCAUGCAUUUUGUAUUUUGGUAUCUAUCCGGAGGACUACUCCAUUCAUCAUAACAAGUUAACUCGACAAUGGAUAGCAGAAGGGUUUGUAAAAUCUGAUGGGAGAAGAACUUUGGAACAAGUUGCAGAUGAGUACUUAACUGAGUUAAUUUAUAGAAGUCUAGUUCAAGUCUCGACAGUUGGCUUUGCAGGGAACGUUAAAUGUUGUCAAGUCCAUGAUAUAUUACAUGACAUGAUCGUAAGUAAAGCAAAGGACUUAAGUUUUUGCCAUUUUGUAGAAGAAGGUGAUGAUGAAUCAGCCACAGCCACAACCAGAGUUGGAAUAUCAAGACGCCUAUCUAUAGACACUAUUUCCAACAUAGUGUUGAAGAGAAAUAUCGACACACACAUCCGUGCUAUUCAUGCUUUUGGAAAAGGAGGACUGCUUGAGCCUAUUAUGGCUCAAUUAUCUUCAAAGUCAAGGGUUUUGAAAGUACUUAACCUUGAAGGUACAUCGCUAAAACAUGCUCCUAGUGAUUUAGGAAAUCUUUUUCACUUAAGGUACCUAAAUCUAAGGAGUACUAAAGUACGGGUUCUUCCUAAAUCUAUUGGUAAGUUGCAGAACUUAGAGACCUUGGAUAUAAGAUAUACGUUGGUUCAUGAGUUGCCAAGUGAAAUAAAUAAGCUCAAAAAGUUACGACAUCUACUUGCUUUCCAUCGAAACUACAAAACAGAGUAUUCUCUUUUGGGAUUUACAAGUGGUGUGGUUAUGAAAAAGGGUAUUAAAAAUUUGACUUCUCUGCAAAGUCUUUAUUAUGUGGAGGUAGAUCAUGGGGGAAUAGAUCUCAUCCAAGAGAUGAGAAUGUUAAGGCAGUUAAGGAAGUUGGCCUUGAGGAAUGUUCGGAGUGAAUAUGGGAAUGCAGUAUGUGCUUUAUUGGUAGAGUUGACAAGCCUUCAAUCACUUAAAGUCACUGUAAUACAUGAUGAUGAAUUCAUGGACUUGAACAACAUAUCAUCCCUACCCCAACUUCGACGACUUAAAUUGAAAGCAAGACUCGAUAAGAUGCCUAAUUGGAUUUCAAAACUUGACUGUCUAGUAAACUUAAGGUUGGCUCUAUGCAAUUUGAAAGAUGACCCAUUAAGAUGGCUAGAGAAGUUGCCAAAUUUGUUGCAGCUCAGUAUUUGGGACAAAGCCUAUGAUGGUGAAAUUUUGCAUUUUCAAAGUGGAGGAUUUCCAAAAUUGAAGGAACUGAGUCUAGCUCGCUUGCUUAGAUUGAAUUCUAUCAUAAUAGACAUGGGAGCCUUGCUUUCACUUGAAGAUUUUUCAAUUAUCAAAUUGCCCCAUCUCAAAAAGGUAUCCCCUGGCAUCAAAGGCUUGGAUAACCUUAAAGUCCUUGACUUCCUUAACAUGCCAACAGAAUUUGUUCAGAGCAUUGAUCCAGAAAAGGGACAAGAUUAUUGGAUCAUCAAUCAUGUUCCCCUUGUAAGCAUUCGUCGCUGGGUUGGCCCAGAACUCAGUGAUUUUGAUGUCCGUACUAUUCACUCCUCCUCCAACCAGUCAUAAACACUUUGAUGAGUAAUAUGAAGAUUAUUGUGGGUGCUGCUUUUCAAACCUUGUAAUCAAGAAUUCUUCAUUUGAAUGGACAUUUUCAUUUUCUUAAUAAAGACAAAUGUAAUUUCUUUGGAUUUGUUGUGGUGAUGGAACCACUGUUACUUAACAAUCAUUUUGCAUGUAUUCUAAACUUUAGUCUCCCUUCUCUCGGUUUUGGAAGGCAAAUGUGUUUUUUUUCUUUUUCUUUUUUUGUGUGUGUGGAAUUACUCUUUAAUGUUUGUAAUGAAGACAUUUUUAAUUUAAGAGGACAUUUCGUUUUCCUACCUUAUAUAAACAAGGCUAUACAUAUAAUUUAG